GUCUGGAUUUCUGUCAGAGCUGGUCCAAUUAAUGUGGUAGUUGUUUGUACCAAGGAAAAGGCCACAAAAUCUUACUGUCACUUUCUGAAGUCUUCGUUGGAUUGUCUGGGGUGAGCUUGAUACUGACCCUGGGCGGGGGUAGUUUCUAGUGAGCAGGCAAAGACAGUUUCUGUUCCGGAACGGAGGCCACGCGCCCAGGUUGUUUCCGGAGACCUGAGGCCGUCGCACCGCCGCGCCCCGCCCCUGGCUCGGCCACGUCUCUCUGGAGCUACCCGGACAGCCACCCGAUAUCAUGAUACUGGUUGGUUGGACUGCAAGCCAUGUGUGAAACUUUAAAUUUUGCCCUGAAAAUGGAACAUAGAGUGAAGGUCUUUCUGGGAGCUCUGGGCUGUUGCUGAUGGCAGAAACUGCACUCCUCCUGAGGUCACUUGUAGUCCUUCAUUGUCUGCUCAGCUUGGGCCGUCCUGACCAUGGAUGGUGUAUCAGCCAAGUGUGAUGGCCUCUUGGAAGACAGAUCCAGCAGCGACACCUCAGCUUGCCCCGAGGCCCUCCUGACUCCCCAGGGCCCACUGGCACUGCCUGACCAGCCGGAUGAAGUCCAGUGUGCCAGUGUUGAGGUAAACAGAGCUCCUGAGGAAAUAGAACGCCUGGACACACCCGGGCAGGGGCAACUCUGCCAGAAUGGGUCCACACCGCAGUUCCCAGAGUCUCCAUUAUUUCUUGAUCCCACCACAAGCCCAGUGGGUGCUGAUGCCUCUCCAGGUGUGGCUGGUUUCCAUGACAACCUAAGGAAGUCCCAGGGAACUAGUGCUGAGGGCAGUGUUAGAAAAGAAGCUUUGCAGUCUCUCAGACUCAGUCUUCCCAUGCAAGAAACGCAACUGUGUCAUCUGGGUUGGAGUCUCACCUGUGAGAAAGAUAACAUCGCCAGCCCCAUCUCCACAGGCUCCACAGCAUCUUCACUGCCCCUGGAGAAGGAGGAGCAGGUCCGACUCCAGGCCCGGAAGCGCCUGGAAGAGCAGCUCCGGCAGUAUCGUGUGAAGCGCCAGCAGGAGCGAUCCAGCCAGCCUUCAACAAAAAUGAGACUCUCUAGCACUCUUGAUCCUGAGCUCAUGUUGCACCCAGAAAACUUGCCAAGGGCCAGUACCGUAGCUAUGACAAAAGAGUACUCCUUCCUGCGCACCAGCGUCCCUCGGGGGCCCAAGGUGGGCAGCUUAGGGCUGCUGACACAUGCCAAGGAUAAAAAGAGUUCCAAAUCAAGCAAAAUCCGGUCUCUGGCUGAUUAUAGAACUGAAGAUGGAAGUGUUUCCAGUGGCCUUGCUCCUGCUGCCAACUCUGUUGUGAGCUCCCUGAAGCAGAGCAGGGGCAGCACCUCAGUAGUGUCUGAGGUCAGCCCAUCUCCCGAGACUGAUGGCCGUCUUAAGAAUGCCUCACUGACUGGGGACAGUGUGUCAGAGGCUGAUGGGAAUGAGAGUGACAGCUCUUCACAUAGCAGCCUCUCUACCCGUGGGACCUACUGUGUCCUGGAAAAUGUGGUCACACAGGGAGCUGCCUACUUGGUCAAUGGCCAGGAGAUUGCCACGGAGGCUCUGGGCCAGUUCCCUUCUAUUAAAGAUGUCCUCCAGGCUGCGGCAGCUGAGCACCAAGACCAGGGACAGGAGGUCAACGGUGAAGUGAGGAGCCGCAGAGACAGUAUCUGCAGCAGUGUGUCCAUGGAGAGCUCCCUUGCUGAAGCACAGGACGAAAUGUUGCAGGUUCUUAAAGAAAAGAUGAGACUUGAAGGACAGCUGGAGGCUUUAUCACUAGAGGCCAGUCAGGCACUUCAGGAAAAGGCAGAAUUGCAAGCCCAACUGGCUGCCCUGCACACCAGGCUGCAGGCCCAGGUGGAGCGCAGCCAAAGUAGCCAGCAGAAACAAGACUCCCUCAGCUCCGAGGUGGACACUCUCAAGCAGUCCUGUUGGGACCUGGAGCGGGCUAUGACAGACCUGCAGAACAUGUUGGAAGCCAAGAAUGCCAGCCUGGCUUCCUCGAACAAUGACCUGCAGGUGGCAGAGGAACAGUACCAGAGGUUGAUGGCCAAAGUUGAGGACAUGCAGAGAAGCAUCCUCAGCAAGGACAACACAGUACACGACCUCCGACAGCAGAUGGCGGCCCUGCAGAGUCAGCUCCAGCAAGUGCAGCUGGAACGCACAACGCUGACCAGUAAGCUGCAGGCUUCGCAGGCUGAGAUCGCCUCUCUGCAGCAUGCCCGGCAGUGGUACCAGCAGCAGCUGGCCCUAGCCCAGGAAGCCCGGGUCAGACUGCAGGGUGAGGUGGCCCACAUCCAGGUUGGACAGAUGACCCAGGCUGGUCUUUUGGAGCACCUGAAGCUUGAGAACGUAUCCCUAUCCCAGCAGCUGACAGAGACACAGCACAGAUCCAUCAAGGAGAAGGAGCGCAUAGCUGUGCAGCUCCAGAGCAUCGAGGCUGACAUGUUGGAUCAGGAAGCAGCCUUUGUGCAGAUUCGAGAGGCAAAGACAAUGGUGGAAGAGGAUCUCCAGAGGAGGCUGGAAGAGUUUGAGGGUGAACGAGAAAAACUGCAGAAGGUGGCUGACUCAGCAGUGGCCCUGGAGCAGCAAUUGGAACAGGUGAAACUGACUCUGCAGCAGCGAGACCAGCAGCUCAUGGCACUGCAGCAGGAGCACCUGGGCCUGGUGAAACAGCUUACUUCGGCACAGGAGGCCCUGCAGGCCCGAGAACAAUCCCUCAACGAUCUGCACAUCCGCUAUGAUGAGCUGCAGGCACGGCUGGAGGAACUACAGGGGGAGGCUGCCACCAGGGAGGACACAGUCCGCUUCCUGCAGAAUGAGAAGAUUGUCUUAGAGGUGGCUCUGCAGGCAGCCAGGAGUGGCAAGGAGGAGCUUGACAGGGGAGCAAGGCACUUGGAAGAAGGUACUCAGGAGACAUCAGGACUUUUAGAGCAGCUGAGACAAGAGCUGGCCGUCAAGUCCAGCCAGGUGGAGCAUCUGCAGCAGGAGAUGACCUCCCUGAGAAAGCAGACACAGAAAGUGAAGGAGCAGUUCCUUCAGCAGAAGGUGAUGGUGGAAGCCUAUCGGCGGGAUGCUACAUCCAAAGACCAGCUCAUCAGUGAACUGAAGACCACAAAGAAGCGGCUGGACUCAGAGAUGAAGGAGCUGAGGCAGGAGCUAAUCAGGCUGCAGGGGGAGAAGAGGACUGUGGAGGUAGAGCAUUCACGUUUGCAAAAGGAAGUGUCCCUGACCCACCAGCAGAUGGCUGAGCUCCAGGAGCACCUCCAGUCAGCACAGAAGGAGCGGGAUGAGAUGGAGAUGCACCUGCAGUCUUUGCAGUUCGACAAAGAGCAGAUGAUCACUCUUACAGAGGCCAACGAGGCACUAAAGGAGCAAGUAGAAGUGCUGCAGCAAGAGGCCAAAAAGGCCAUCACAGAGCAGAAACAGAAGAUGAAACAGCUGGGCUCGGAUCUGACCAGUGCCCAGAAGGAGAUGAAGACAAAGCACAAGGCCUAUGAGAAUGCUGUGAGCAUCCUCAGCCGCCGUUUGCAGGAGGCCCUGGCUGCCAAAGAGACUGCAGACACAGAGCUGAUCCAGCUGAGAGCCCAGAGCACCAGCAGUGGCAGUGACCCUGUCCUACAUGAGAGGAUCCGGGCCCUGGAAAUGGAGCUGCAGAGCGUCGGCCAUAGCAAGCUGAUGCUGGAGAAGGAGCUGCAGGAGGUGAUUGCCAUGACGAGCCAGGAGCUAGAGGAGUCCCGGGAGAAGGUGCUAGAGCUGGAGGACGAGCUUCAAGAGUCCAGAGGCUUCAGAAAGAGGAUAAAGCGCCUAGAGGAAUCAAAUAAGAAGUUGGCUCUUGAGUUGGAACAUGAGAGAGGGAGACUCACAGGCCUCGGACAGUCAAAUGCAGCCCUGCGGGAACACAAUAACAUCUUGGAAACAGCCCUAGCCAAGAGAGAGGCAGACCUGGUUCAGCUGAAUCUCCAGGUGCAGGCAGUUUUGCAGCGUAAAGAGGAAGAGGACCGCCAGAUGAAGCAGCUCAUCCAGGCUUUGCAAGCCUCAUUAGAGAGAGAGAAGGUGGAAGUGAGCAGCCUCAAGGAGCAGGUGGCUGCUGCCAGGGUGGAAGCUGGCCAUAACCGUCGCCACUUCAAGGCUGCCACCAUGGAACUGAGCGAGGUGAAGAAAGAGCUGCAAGCCAAGGAGCACCUGGUACAGACGUUGCAGACCGAGGCUGAUGAGCUGCAGAUUCGCGAGGGAAAACACUCUCAGGAGAUAGCACAGUUCCAGGCAGACCUGGCAGAGGCCCAUACCAAGCUCCAGCUCCUGCAGCAACAGCUGGAUGAGCAACUGAGUCAACAGCCUGUGGGGAGCCAAGAGAUGGAAAAUCUCAAGUGGGAGCUGGAUCAGAAGGAUCGAGAGCUCCAGUCCGUGAGGCAGCAGCUGGACCUAUCAGAGCAGCAGGGCAGGAAGGAGCUGGAAGGAACACAGCAGCUGCUACAGAAUAUCAGGUCUGAGCUGGAGAUGGUGCAGGAAGACCUGUCCACGACCCAGAAGGAUAAAUUCAUGCUCCAAGCUAAAGUAUCUGAGCUAAAGAACAACAUGAAGACUCUACUUCAGCAAAACCAGCAACUCCACCAGGAUCUCCGCCGAGGCAUGGCCAAGAGGAAAGAACCAAAGAAUGAAGCCAGCUCUUCCAGCCCAGCAACACCCAUCAAGAUCCCUGACUGCCCUGUCCCUGCCUCACUGCUAGAGGAGCUGCUGAGACCUCCACCCACUGUCAGCAAGGAGCCUCUUAAGAACCUAAACAGCUGUCUGCAGCAGCUCAAGCAGGAGAUGGACAGCCUGCAGCGGCAGAUGGAGGAGCACACCAUCACUGUGCAUGAGUCCCUGUCCUCCUGGACCCAGGUGGAAACCCCCGCAGCAGAGCAUGCCCACCCCCGGGGAGAUACCCAGCAGCAGGGUCAUGGCAGGAUACCCAAAGAAGGCCUGGAGCAGUGACACUAACACCAUCAAGGGCAACAUGGAACUGCGUGAAGGAAUGUGCCAUUUCCAAUAUUUAUUUAAUUAUAUGCUCUUCGUUUUCCUGAGAGUUGAAAAUUUUAAGUUUUGCUUUUACCUUUAAUGAGUAAAAUAACAGAGUAAGAGAGCCAAGGAUUAAAGAAAUAGUCAUUGGGAACCACAGCUAACUUUUCUCAUAAAAUGACCAAAUCUUAGAAGCCCCUUAAAUUUAGAGUUGAAGAGAGAGUUUCUGGAUGUCUGUCUGGUGGGUUUUGUGCAAGAGGAGGUAUCAAUAAGUAUGGGCGACACUUGUACCCCAACUGUUUCCUGGUGGAGGCUUUUCAGGACAGGGUGUCUGGGCAAGAACUGCCAGGCAGCUGAACUGCUGAUGGGAGAACCAUCCCACUUAGCAAGAGCUUUAGUUUCCUGCUGAAAUGUUUGAUUGCACUCUUUUUUUUUUUCAAUAGCCAUCCUACUGUAGGAUGUGUAUAUAAGAAUUGAAAAUCAUAAUCUUAUACAAGCAUAAGCAUAUAUUAUUUAAGAAAGACCUGAUUAUCUUUUCAUUGAUUGCCAUUUGAAAAUUUGCUGUUCAGAAAUAAUGUAUAUAUAGGAUUUAAGGUUGUCAGUCAAAAAACUAUAUUUUAAGAAGUAUAUUUUAUUUACUGUACCUUCUAAAGCCAAAAUUCUUGCACAGAAAAGAUUCUUUGAGCUGGGUGUGGGUGGCACACACCUGUAAGCCCAGCACGUGGGAGGCGAAGGCAGGAAAAUCACCUCGUUUUUUUUUUUUUGGUGUUUUUUGUUUUUAUCGGUACCAGGGAACGAACUCACGACUGCCUGCUUGCAAGGCAGGCGCUUAUGCCGCUGAGCUAAAUCCCCAGCCCCGUCACCUCGAGUUUGAGGCCAGCCUAGGCUACAUAGUGAGUCCAGGCCAGCCUAAACUACAUACAGAUACCCUGUCUUUAAAAAAAAAAAAAAAAUAUAUAUAUAUAUAUACAUACAUACAUACAUACAUAUGUAUAUAUAUUCUUUGUUAUUUUCUUUUCACUUUUUUCUGGAGGUCUUUUCUUCCUGCCCAAUCUCUUCAUCAGUUUAUAGCGUUGGCCUGUCAGGCUGCUGACCUGCUGUGGUCCACUUUGGUUAAAUGCUGAUCAGGUGAAAUGAGGACACAAAGGUCCGCACAGUGACCUGUCAUGCAGGCAAGAGUAUGGGAGAAAGCAGAGGAGGAGGAGAGCCUGACCCUCGUGUGGACUGUAGGCCUCCUGUGACGGUGUUCACCAGGACCUGUGACACAGAUGCUAGCGUCCCCUGGAGUCAACUGUGAGGUCUGGAGAAACUCGCAGGUGCCACGGGCAAGGUCCCUGCAGUUUCCUCAGAGUAGGACCUCAGAGUCUGAUGCUUUAUUUAAGAUCCACACCAAGCAUGACAGUUUCCGGCGUAAGGAUCUAACGCGGUAGAGUCUGGCUGGGAAAGACGAGGUCUUUAAUUCCCCAACCUCCACCCCCAGUUUACUAAGAAAAUCUAAUACAGUACUUACUGUUGCAGGUUAGAAGGAGGGAGGUCCAGGACCCUCUGACAAUGAGGCUUUGGAGUUACUGCUGAUCAGGCCCAGUGUGCUGUCAGUAGAGUAGAUUGCUUGUAUCUAUUUUGUGGAGAAAACAGCAAGGAAUUUUUAAGCUGUUUGUGUUCUUUUGUAAUACACUGUUAGAAGGCUAGUUGAUAUAGUUAAAGUGGUUAACCACAAAGAUGUUUGGUGGUUAAAAAAAAAUUCCCUAGAAGUAUUGUAAUUUCUUAAAUGUAUAUAUUAUUUGUACAGGGUUAAUCUUGAAGAAACACUUGAAAACUUCAUUAUAAAUAUAUCCUACUUUUUGUCUAUGUUGGACAUUUUUUUGACUAAACUGUUCUUAUACCAUUAGAAAAGAGAAAUGGUAAUUCACCUUAUUUAUUUUGGUUAUAUUAUCUUUUGUUUUAGUCCUACACCAGAAGUAGCCCUUGCGCACAUUCUGUGGCAAGAGCUGCCUUCUCCCGAGCCACCGUGCUUUCCUCUGGGGAAAGAGUAGGCUAUCCUGACUCCUCCAUUUAGGAAGAGCAGCCCCUUGGCUCUGCAGCCCUUUGUCCCUUGCACCUGGCUCCACCACCAGCCUGUACCAGCCCCAUUGCCUGGCGCUCUUGGUUCCAAGGGCCUGGCUGUCCUGGCCCUAGCCUUGUCUGUGUUGGUUUUGAGCAUGCUUAUAGUGCUGGACCUAAGGCCCUGUGCUCAAGCUGGUGCUGCUUGUCUGCUUCCUUGCAAAGUUGUCUUGAAGAGAGAUUGGGUUUGUAAACGGUCCGCUUUUGAUUGCUGAGGGGUUUUUCCUAUCUCCAGAGGACUCUCCUGUGCUUCAUCCUCCCAGAGCUAGAUUCUUCAGGAACUCCAAAGAUUGUGCUUGUGGGCAGAAGUAGGGGUUUUGAGAUUCACUCAUGGGAGACUAGGCAGGCCUGGAGUAGUUACUGCGUGAGACAGCUUUCCAUUGCAGUGGAUGUGUGUGUGAUUCAGGAACACACUGUGUCAUCUCCUGUUGCAGGCAGUGUUGGCUUGGGGACUUAGGAUGUUACUUGUUUUUCUUAUGUUCAAAAAAUUUAUUUUGGUUUGGUUUUCAUCAAGUUUUUUUCAUGAUAUAUGUUAGGUCAAUGCCACGGAUCUCACAGAUUUAUACACCUUUGCUCCACUUUUCGGAAGAAGUAACAGGCAGUGUUUUUGUAGUGUAUGAACCACUCAGGUCUGGGUCCAAGGAACAGGGUUGGCUCCUAAGAAGACAGCAUAGGACACCACAUCAGGAAGCUUAUAAUAAACUCUUUCUCAGUUUAAACGUCUUUUCCUUGGUAUAGGGAUACUACAAAUGCUGUGACCCUACAAAAUAACAUACAUUAUUCAUAUUUCCAUGAAUUUUUUUUAACAAAAAUUUAAGUGUUGUGUGUAAAGAUUCUGGAAGUAAAAGGGAACUGCAUAUUUGAAAGGGAACUGUCAUGGGGCAUUCCUUUCAGAGGCCCCUGAUGUAAAUAACUCUGUGGUGUGUCUCACUCUAUUUCAGUCUAUGGCUUUGGAUAGGAUGCUUGAGGGCUGUCUUCACAUGUCUCAAAAAUUCAGUGGUUUUGAUUACCCAUUUCUGGUAAAAAAAAAAAAAAAAAAAAAAAAAAAAAACUCACAAAAUAGAGUUGAUAAGACUGAUGCAGUUCUGGGAAAGGGUGUCACCAUGUGUAACAGUUUGUACCUUUAAAAAGCAUGUUGAUUUUUUUAUGAAUAUAAAUGUGCUUGGGAAUUCCUUAAAUUUUGUGCAAUAAACUAUUUUUGGUAAAGGUU